CGAGGUUGGACGGCGGGGAUUGUGUUGAGAAAGUGACGGUCUGCCUUGCGAUCGCACAAGGAAUGGCUACGUUGAUGGUGAUAAUAAAUCGGGGGAUCGAUUAUGCAGCGGUUGUCCCGCAGUUGCAUAUGCAAGUGGAAAGCCAAAAUAAAAUGACUGCAGGAAGGAAGAAAAGAGUUUUUUUUCCCUCCGCUUUCUCCUCCGUCUUCGUCUUCCUUCACGAGGACGAGCAAAAAUUUUUCAUCCGCCUGCCGGUCUCGAUGGAAACGUGGAGUGGAUGGACGGCAAAGCUUGUCGUGAUGAGCAAGCAUCCAGCUCUUCUUGCAUCCCGGCCCCCUGAUUAUUACUUAUGAUUAAUGUUGGGAAAUUGUGUUGUCGGAUUGCAACGGACGCUACCAGCCCUACAAUCGGCUUUUUCUUUGUCGCUCACGCACCGUGAUUGACUUCUCAGAUCAUGCUCUUUUUCAUUGUGAGGAGCGCUGCGCCGUGUUCGGAAAUACAGCAAACCCCUCGAUGGACGAAACAACGGAAUGGAGGGGUGGAAUACAAAGAGAUGGCGUCCUUCGACUGCGGCUAAGAAGUGCACGCCGGGGAAACCAUCAUUCCAUGCACUACGAUGUGCAGUGUCCCGAUGCUAUCCUUCGUAGAUUGGUGCGAGAAACGUGUUGAGCCAAUUACAUAGUGACUGGGGAUAUGCGUAUCAUGUUCGGUUUAAGAAAAGUGACAGCUGCAGGGCGAAUACAGAGUAAUAAUUAAAUGUCA